ACUCGCCUUUACCACGGCUGGACCGCUGUGCGCGGCUAUUUUUAAACCGCAGUUACCGCGAAUUGUGUAACAGUUUUGUAUACAGUUGUUACAAAAGAUUGUCUAACAGUCGUCGUUGCAUUUAUUAAAUCUUUUAGUGCAAGUGAAGUGUGUUCAAAGCGAUGAUGUAUCUUGAGUAAAAUAGUGAUGUGUUAAGUAAAAAUGUCGGCCGGUGUGUGGGAUUUGGUGCCGGUUCGGUGCCGAUGGAUAGAAACCCUGAGGCACUGCGGCAAAACUCUGCUGCGACGUCAACGAAGGAUCCUGAGGCGUAUUAAAAAGGUGUACCUACACAGUUGGCGCUCCGCAGACGAGCUGAACAUGUUGGUGGGUGCGAAGGUGGGCGGCACGACCCCGCUGGUGAUCGCCUGCCGGAAUGGCCACUACGACGUCGCCGAGUACCUGAUCGAGAGGUGUAAAGCCGACAUCGAGCAGCCCGGCUCCGUGACAUUCGACGGCGAGACGAUAGAGGGCGCGCCUCCGCUGUGGUGCGCAGCCGCCGCGGGCCACCUGCCCCUGGUCAAGCUGCUGGUCCGCGCAGGCGCCAACGUUAACUCGACCACCCGCACGCACAGCACACCGCUCAGAGCGGCAUGCUUCGAUGGACACUACGAUAUUGUUAAGUUCCUAGUCGAAAAUGGCGCCGACAUAGAAAUAGCCAACCGUCACGGACACACGUGCUUAAUGAUCGCGUGUUAUAAAGGUCACAUAAGAAUUGCCAAAUACCUACUAUCGCUGAACGCAGAUGUUAAUAGGAAAAGUGUCAAAGGCAACACAGCGUUACACGACUGUGCCGAGAGCGGGUCUCUACAUAUACUCAAGAUGCUGUUGGGCCACGGCGCUACAAUGGAUGUUGAUUCUUAUGGUAUGACCCCUCUCCUAGCCGCAUCAGUCACAGGCCAUACACACAUAGUGGAGCAUUUAAUUAGCGUAGAAUAUGGAUUAGUUACGAGGCAGCAGCGUAUCGAUGCGUUGGAGCUGCUCGGCGCGACGUACGUCGACAAGCGGCGAGACAUGGUCGGCGCACUUGCGCUGUGGAAGCGGGCGAUGGAUGACAGAUUCCCUGCCGACGGCAGCGAGCCAAUCCCCAAGCCGAAGGACGUGCCGCGUAUAGAGGCGUACGACUUCGCGGUGGAGCCGAGCGACGUGCAACAGCUGGAGGAGAUCCUCGCGGACCCUGACGCGAUGAGGAUGCAGGCGCUCGUCAUCAGGGAGAGGAUACUCGGGCCGGCGCACCCGGACACGUCGUACUACGUGCGGUACCGCGGCGCCGUGUACGCGGACGCGGGCCGCUUCGCGCGCUGCCGCCAGCUGUGGCACCACGCGCUCGACAUGCAGCGCGCCGUGCUGCCGCCGCUGUCGCCGCUCACGCAGUCCUCGCUCUACAGCUUCGCCGAGCUAUUCUCCUACAUGCUCGCCGAGCGCGCGCGUCCACCGCUUAGGGGUCGGAUAGUCCCACCAGUGACGAUCGACGAUGUAGAGCCAGUAUUCACUAAAGCGUUAUCAGAGAUCGACAGGGGCAUGGAACUACUAGAAUGUUCGAAACUCAGUAUCGACAGGGAACAGACGUUGACAACCCUACAGAGGGUGCUAGUGAUAUCACUCCACCUAGCAACCGUGAUGGCCAGAUUGCUCUCCGAGCCAGAGUGUACCGAGGAGGUGUCCCGUAGGAUCCACAAGGCUGUGUACUCACUUGUUAAGUUAGAUAUUAAGGUGCGGCAGGGCCGGUCGGCGCUGCACGUGGCGUGCUCGGCGGCGGCGCGCGGCGGCGGCGGCGUGUGGCUGCAGGCGCUGCCGGCGGGCGGCGCGGGCGGCGCGGGUGAGGCGGGCGGCGCGGCGGGCGGCGCGGCGGGCGGCGCGGGCGGCGCGGGCGGCGCGGGCGAGGCGGCGCCGUGCUGCGGCGCGCUCGUGGCGCUCAUGCUGCGGCUCGGCGCCUCGCCUGACGCUCGCGACGCCGAGGGCAACACGCCGCUGCAUCUCGUCUGCAAGCUGAAGCCGUGCCCGGCCGAGGUGGUGACCGCCCUGCUGCAGCACGGCGCGCACGUGGACACGGUGAACUACGACGGGCACACGCCCGAGGUGCUGCUGCGCGCCUCGCACCAGAGCCUGGCCGCGCUCGUCAACCCGCUGCGCUACACCACGCUCAAGUGCCUCGCCGCGCGCACGGUCAAGAACUACCGCCUGCCCUACCGCCACGUGCUGCCGCACUGCCUCCACGCGACCGUCAUCACGCACUGAGCCCCCACGGUAACCACGGUUUCUAUUCUCCCGGACGUGUUGCCACUUUUCCGGACAUAGGCCACUCGGACCGCACAGAGGCCAGUGAACAAUCAUAGUCCAAAAUUAUAGUUAACUUACAAAUAUUUAGCGAGCGAGUUGAGGGCACAGUCCUAGGCCACUAGAGUCCAAAAAUGUAACUACAAAUAUUAGACGAGUGAAUUAUGGACAUAGGCCAAAUUGAGUCCGUAACUACGUAGAGGUGGAACUCCUGUCAUGGUAAAUCUGAAUAAGUUCUCGCUUCCUCAGACAAAGCCUGUUCGUGUAUGCAUAUAGGCAAUGAUAAUUUUGAAAAUGUUUCCCUUUUUACCCACAUAUGUUGUAACUUUCUUGGGUCAUAUACCAGUAGAACCCAUAUAGAGAGCAAGCUUCAAUUAUUGUAAUACGUAACUACUUUCGUGUUAGGAUAUUUCUAUUGUCUGAAAAGUCACUUAAACCGAUAAUUUUAUAUAGUUCUGAACUCCAGCUACAGUAACGUUCGGAAUAUCUCUCUUUUCUAUGACGUAUACUUUAUAUCAUCGUACAGUUCUCCACCGACAGAAACUUCAUUCUCAUACCUUAGAGCCUGGAUGGUCGCGUACAGCGCUGUUUCAAAGAUGUUUCCUCCCACGAGCACUCAGGUUAUGAAAUGAACUUCCUGUCGAAGUUUUUCCAACAAUCUAUAGAAUGGGGUUUUUAAAAAAAGGGGUAAAGAGGUUUCUUCAGGGUAGGCAACGCGCGCGUAAUGACCCUGGUGUUUGCAAUCAUAAACUUCGGGAUUCGUUUAUCAUCAGAUGGACAGAAUGCUUGUUUGCCACUUCAGUGGUAUUAAAAAAGAAUAUCAAUUUUCCUGAUAUAGGCUAUUCUGGACCAUAUAGUGACCCAUUUCAAUUGAGCCUGUUUAUUAGUCUCUAAAAAAUAGACUGAUGGAAACGAGUAUUGAAAUAUAUAAUCAGUGAUAGUUCUUGAAAGGGAGACAUCGUGAUGGAUACCACUGCGAACCGACUCCGUCUUAUGGACAAAGUAUCGUUACUAAAUAAGCAAUAGAUUCUAAACUCUGUCCAUAUAAAAAUAAGGUCUAUUUCACCGUGUAAAAGCCAACACGUUAUGUAGACCUCUGAUUGCUAUCCAUCCAUUUACAAGUCCAUUUUAUAAAGCGCUUAAAUGCCAUAUUACGAGAAGCUGUGCUCAUAUGGGAACUAGUAUUAUAAACUAUUACUAUUACUCGUGUGGAGGUGUCGCCAUCUAGUGUCAACAGUCUAGGGUAUCGUUUACUACAAGAUGAGUUAUAGUUCGUCGACUGAUUUUAAUAAGUUUUUGCGUAACACCAAACGAUAUUUAGAAUAUAAUUACAUGCCAAUUGUGAUUGAAGGUUUUUAUUUGAAUGUAAUUCUGAUAUAAACAGAUAACAACAAUUUGGAGUUUGGCAUUUCUUAGAAAUGAUAUCAUCAUGAACACAUCAAGUAAAUAUUGUAUGACUGGCGUCGUUUGACGCUAAUUAGAUUUUGAGAAGUAAGAAUUUAUAUGUAUGCUACAUAUAAAUUCAGAAUGGAGUAGAUUUGGAAUGAUGUAAUUUAAAUGCGAAUUUUUGAGGCUACUUUUUACUUUAUUACGAUAAUCGAUUAUAAAUAAAUUCAUGAUUUUUUGUUUCGUGUAUAUUAUUGUUUUUUAACUGUCGAUAAAUUUAGUAAUAAAUCAAUGAUUUUAUUUAGUUAAAUUGUUUUAAAACAUUCAUGAAUAAAGCGGGAAUUAAUUUUUAUAAUGUCUACAAUUUAUUUCGAGUUAACUUAUUAUAUCGAAAAUAUACUUGCUAUAUAUAUUGAUUUGUAACAGACAAAUUAUUUAAACGAAGUAUUUAAUUGAGUCAUUGAUUUAUAGAGUUUCCCAAUAUGUACAUAAAUAUUAUCUAAUCGAAAUUCUAUAUUGGUGUAUAAAUUAUAAAUAUUUUCAUGCUGUAUUCUUAUAAAACUGAUGUGAAUAUUAUAGGCUAUAAAAAUGUACAGUUAAAAAUACACAAUGUUAAAUUAAUAAUAAAAAUAAUAUGAUUAAUAAAUGAUUUUACCUCAUGAUCACAAAUAUGUAAAAUAUAAUAUGUAAACAUGUUUUAAAAUAUUGCUCAAAAUAUGCGCUAAUAAUGUAUGCAGGAAUUGAUGGUAAUCGGCCACUUAAUUUCAACGAUAAUACGAAUAGUGAGUUUUAUUGAUUAAUGUUAACAACUAUACGUCCGUAAUAUAAUUUAAUAUCACCCCAUAAAUAAUCUGUUAAAACAUACAUUAAUAUUUACAAGGAAAAUCAGGGCAUGAAUAAAGUUGGUAACACAGAUUCAAGUGGUUGCAUCUAGAGGUAUCGCUUUUACAAGAUAUGAACAUUCAAAGACCGCAAUUCAAUUGUUUUAUAUAUGGCAGUAUAUAAAACUAUUCAAUUCAAUUCAAUUAUUUAUUGAUAUUUCAUGUUGUAACAAUAUAGGUCUUAAGUUAUUAAAAGUAAAGAGUCAACAUGAACCCUGGAAGGGCGCAGCAAGCACAUUAAUAAAUAUUGCAUAAAGUACAUAACAAAAUUUUUACAUUAUAUAUAUGUAUCGUCGAUUAACAUAAAAUAAAUAAAACAUUAUUACAUUGAAACCAAUAGGUACAAAUACAAUUAAAUUUUCUCAUUGAAAAAUUCCUGUAGUGUAUAAUAUUUUUUUGUAAUUAAAUAUUUUUUUAGAGCUAUUUUAAAUUUUUUAGAAUCAUCCUCACUUUUUAAGUUCAUUGGUAUUUUAUUGUAAUUUUUUAUUGAUAUUGCGUAAGGGCCUGAAUGGAAUAAUUGUAGCUUCGAGAAUGGUCUUGGUUGUGUUGGUGUUGCCAUUUUAUUAAUAUUAAAGUUUACGUUAACUAAUGUUAUUUUAGAUGCAACCAUUCAAUCGAUAAUCUAAGGUUAUUAUAUUGGAAAAGCAUUCAGACAGUAAUUUUUGUUUCGCAUUUUACCUACCGUUGCAUUUCCAUAAGUUGUUACAAAAUUAAAAAAAAUGGAAAAAGAGAUAGUAUAUGUUGCGUAAUGUAAAUUUUAUAAUGACUUGUGUACACUUUAGAACAUUCAGACGUAAUAUAUAGACGUGUAUAUAUAGGCUUACGCCUCUAAAAAGUAAGUAAAGUUUAUCUGUAAUAGUCAAUUUUAAUUUAGCAAACACAUAUAGUUUUUAUAGCUCUUGAAAGAUCUGUCAUGUCAACAAGAGUCAAGUUAUUGGUUAUUUUACAAACUCACUUUUAUUCGAGAUGAGUGUACAUUCAAUUUUGAAUCCUCAAAGUUCGAACCUGAGCAUAUGCUUCUGAAGUAGUACAUUGCUGUCCAAUCAUUACUAAUGUUAUAAAUGUGGAAGUGCGUUUGUUUGUUUUAUUAAAGCGCCUUAACCAAUCACUAAAGUUUGGUGUAAACAAUAUAGGAUGAAGGACAUAGGCUACUUUUAUCCCAGUUACGCGGACGAAGUCACGGGUAAAAGUUAAUAAAUAAUACCAUUAUACUCAGUUGAAAUGGUCGCAUACAACGCGGUUUCAGAGAUGCUUUCUCCCACGAACACUCAGGUCAUGGAAUGAGCUCCUUACCGAGAUUUUCCCAAGAGACUACAGCAUGGGGUUCUUCAAAAGGGGGUAAAGAGGUUUCUUCAGGGUCGGCAACGCGCGCGUAAUACCUCUGGUAUUGCAGGCGUUCAUUGGCUACGGUGACCGCUUACCAUCAGGUGGGCCGUAUGCUUGUUUGCCACCUCAGUGGUAUAAAAAAAAGUUGAAAGGUACUAAAAGUGUAAAGCAUUUGCAAUGUCACAAAGCUGUACAAUAAUGAUAUUAACUAGUUUGGUAUUUAUUUCUAUAUGUUUUAAAUACCAAAUUAAGUCGUCAAACACAUUAAUUAAAUAUUUCCAUCCUAAUAGGGCUGUCUUUGUUGCAUUUGAACAUCUACUGCAUUGUUCUAAAAUGAAACGUGGUGGUAAAUUUAAGUACUUUAUUUGUAUGUACCAUAGAGUUCAGAAUAUCGAUAGCAAAUGUAAACGAUCUAUACCAUACUGUUACUAAAGAUAUACGGGGCUGAGAGUGAUAUAUACAUAUUUGUUUUAGUGCGUUAUCCAGUACCUCUAGUCCUUUUGUAUAAAUACAUUCUGGUUAACAUUAUAGCCAUUUUUAUACUUUGUUUUGUGAAAGAUUUACAUGUAAUCGUGUCAGGGCAGUCAUUGAUUUCAUUUAACUCACAUAUAUCAAUGUUAAAACAAAUUAGCAAGUAAGUAGAUUUAUUAGAAAUUGAAUGGAUACCUUUUAAACUGGUAUUAUAUUAGUUAGAUGGGUAAUAACUACUACAGAAUAAGAUGUUAGAACUGAAUUGAAAUACAAAUGAUAUCAUAUAUAUGUAUAAAUUUGAUCGUCACGAGCAGUUUGCUGUCGUAUUGUGUGUAUUUUAUCAUAGUAUAUUUUGAUUUAGUACUACUGCGUGAUUAAAUGAACCUAGUUAUUUUUGAAAUCAAUAAAAAUGCUUUAAAAUAAA